AUGGAAGGCUUAAUCACCGACCUAUAUCCUCUUCUGCCUCCCUACACCCGUUCCGAAACCUUGCCGCCUGCCUACACGUUACCUACCCCGACUACCAGUACUUCGAACACCGAUCCCGAUGGUGCGGCGUCUAAUACCACCGCAUCUGGGACCGAACGAGCUAUUUAUCUACCCUACACCAAACCCAUCUUUCUCGACACCUUCCUCACUCUCGAACUACUCACCCGCCUCAUCCGCUGCAUCAAGGCAGCGCUAAGAAUUAGUAGGUCCAAUGGUGAUGGUCACGAGUGGUGGGAGAAAAUGUAUGAAGUGUCGAUGGUGCUUGCGGGGCACCCGCACUAUGUGACUAUCACAAAGGAGACAAACAUAGAGGCGAAAAGGUUGGUGAACCUGACAAGGAAUUGUUCCCACUGCAUCCGCGAGUACGCGAUGCGGGACGAGGUAUUCGUGCGGACGCAGCAGGCGUGGGGUGGGGGUAAAGAAAUGCAAAAUCGUGUAAGAAGGAGGCUGGAGGCCAUUGACACGAGAUUGCUUGGGAAGGAAUAUUUGGGCAAGCUUUGUUCCCCAGAGGAGGCACAAUCAUUGAUUCGGCGCACCGACUUCGAAUGGAUCAAGAACAAUGAUCGGUAUCUACAUGACCUCAUCCGGAUCAUUUCAAUGUUGAAUCAUCCUGCGCCACCGGCUAUGGUCAACAGGCUCAAGGAAUCCUUCGAUGCAGAGACAGAAGAUGUCUUCAUUGAGGCCAUGCGCAAGCCAGCUUUUGCUGAAAUCCGCGAAAGGGUGAUGCAGAGUCUCCUCUAUUCCAAUCGGAACUCACGCUUUGAGGCCGUUUCCGAGCCCUGCACUGGUACUUGCCAGUGGAUUCUCAAUGCGCCUAUCGCCGAUGCCAAAGAGACCUUUGGUACUUGGCUCAAGGCUCCUGAUCUCAUGUACCUUGACAGGCGGUUUUGGAUCUCCGGAGAUCCAGGAACCGGAGAGAGCGUGUUGAUGAAGUACCUCGUGAUGGAGACACAAAGAAAUCCGGCAAUACUCAAAAGGCCAGAGGACGAAGAAACUCCGAUCGUGUUGUCACACUUUUUCGACCACGACGGAGAUCUUAUGCAUCGAACUACCCAAGGCAUGCUUCUCAACCUGCUUUUCCAGCUCUUCGAACAAAAUCCGGUCCUGAUUGACACGCAUUUCCACCACUUGGUGUCCGAUACUAGGGAGUGGCACCGAGCGCAGUACAAGACAAGUGCCAAAUGGGAAGGCCACGAGCUUUGGGACCUCCUAUGGACAGUUCUAAGGGACGUCAAGGAGAGGAGGAAGAAGAUCUUCAUCUUCAUCGAUGGACCAAGUGGCUUUGACUUGAAACCUCCCAGUCCUGCUUAUCCCAAGCACGAAGACAUCCCACGCGAUAUCACCGACUGUUGUCUUCCCGACAUGCAACCUUGGUUGAAACCCGAGCCCACGCAGCUCAUCCAUUCUCUCAACUACUACACUGACGCCAAGAUGAUCGUAACUGCCAGGCCCGAAGGCAUCUUUCACCAGACGCACUGGAAGUUACAACUACACCUCGAACCAUCCCUCCUGCGUCACGACAUCAAGACUGUCUGCCACCACACUCUUGACCAUCUUUGGUUCAACCAGCGGUACUCUUUCACUCGGAAAGUUCUUAGCGCAUGCAAUGGCUCCUUCACCGAAGUGCUAGACGCUCUAGAUCGCAUUAAGCGCCAAACCUCCUCGUCCUCCUCCUCCUCCGACCUGCCACCACCCCUCCCCCUCUCCGAACUCCUCUACUCCUCCCUCCUCACCCAGUUCCACAGUUCCCACACCAAAUUAGAAAUCCACUCCCUCUCCAGAAUCCUGGACCUCCUCCUCACCGACCACUUGUACUCCCUCUACACCCUCCGCUCCAACCGCCCUCUUUCUCUCCUACAGCUAACUCUCUGUCUCCACGACCACUUAAUCCACAACUGUCUCCUCAAAGGAUCCUUCCAAGAACCUCCCGACAUCCGCUCCACAUGCAAGUCUGUCAAAAAGCAGAUCCAAGAACGGCUGUACCCCUUCAUCACCCUGCGUAAGAUGGACCACACCCCUAUCCCUGGCGACAAAGUGGACAAGAUACUAGAGAUGGACUGCACGGUACCAGUCCCGGAAUCAACAAUGGAAGUGUGUUUCCUCCAACCGAGCUUGGUUGAGUUCUUGACGAAGACGGAACAAGGCAGGGAGUUGUUGCGGCUUGAUGAGGUAGAUCCGCCGCGGUUGGCUGAUGUGGAAGCUAGAAGGGAGUGGGUGCGUUCGGCCUUAAUUGGGGGGUCACAAGGGGGGAUGGAUGGAGAAGGGAGGAAGGGGGAGUUGGUGAGGGAUCGGUUGAAGUUGCUGUUGAGAGCGGGGAUGUUUGAGGAGAUUGUGUUGUGGCGAGCCUUGCAUAUGAAGAAGGAUCAUGUGGAAAGGAUGGCGAGCGAGUUGGGGAGGGUGUAUAGGGAGUAUGUGCGAUUUGCGGAGCGGUCAACGGUGUUGGGGUAUUUGAGAGAGGAGGAGGUCUUUCCAGAGAGGUGGGUGGUGAAGUUUGCGAAUGGGAAUUAG